AUGCUUGAUCGUAUCUCCGUGGAAUCGAAUCCCUUGGUUAGAGGAUUCGAUGUUCUUCAUCAUUACUGCGGAUUGCUUGAAGGAGUUUCGGAUCUCGUCUCCGUGGUAUCGAAUCCUUUGAUUACAGGAUUCGAUGCUCUUCACCAUUUGUACAGAUUGCUUGGAGGAGGUUCGGAUCACAUCUCCGUGGGAUCGAAUCCUUUAAUUAUAGAAUCCGAUGUUCUUCGUCGUUUAUGGAGAUUGCUUGGAGGUGGUUCGGAUCCAAUCUCUGUGGGAUCGAACCCUUUGAUUAGAGGAUUCGAUUCUCUUAGCCAUUUGUGUAGAUUGCUCAAAGGAGGUUCAGAUCUCAAUCGCUGUGGAAUCGAACCCUUUGACUCUUCUGACCGGGGCUAUGCACUAGGACCCCUUCCUGAUUUUAAAACUUCUUUUGUCAUGGGCUCUGCCUCGGGAUCCCCUUUCAAUCCAGACAUUUCUCGUCUUGAUUCAUAUGGAAAUGAAUCAAAUGCUGAAAGAAAAAUUGCUAGUGUGAUAGGGCCUUUAGCCUUGUCUAAUGUUAGGGGAAAUUGCCUGCAGGAUAGUACAAUGCUAACACUUUCUGUGCUCAUUGUAAAAGAAAAGAAGCACAUGGAAGACAUAGAGAGCACUAAGACUUCGGACGAGAUCAUCAAUGAGCUGUUCAGUUCUCUGAACGUACCGCUGUCACCCAAGCCCUGUGAGGAGGAGGGCAAGGACAAACAGCAGCAGAGGGGGGAGAGUACAGAGCCUGAGGUCAUACCUGCGUCAGACAACAGUGAAGAUGAGGACAGCGACUCGAGGUCUAGCGCAAGUGAAGAGGUCAAGCAGGAGGAGGUCCAGGUGAUCGAGGCUGGCAGUCAGGAGAUGGAAAAGGCAGAGCGUCACAGGUCCUCCAAGAAGAAGAAGGACAAGAAGAAAAAGAAGAAAAAAAAGAAGAAGAAAGAGGAAGGCAGUAGCAAGCACAAGCACAAGAAAAAGAGGAAGAAGGAUGCCGAGAAGGAGCACAAUGGCCGAGAGGAAGCGAAGGGGGCAGAAGAAGUGUUGGAGGUUAAGCAGGCAGAGGAGGAGGAGGAGGAGGAGCAGCAGCCAAAGGAGAAGGAGAAAGACCAGGAGAAGACCCAACCGCCAACCCCAGAGGACAAAAAGUCAGAGAAAUUGCCGUCCCAGUCAGAAAGUCCCAAGAGGCCAGAGAAAGUCCCCAAGAUGGUCGAGUCGGAAAAUAAACUCAAGCGCAAGCUGGCGGUGGAGACAGAGACCAGAGAGGAGUCUAGCAGGAAACAUAAAAAAACGGAUCACUCAAGGUCUUCCAGAUCGUCCUCGCCUUCCAAGUCCCGUUCUCACACUAGGACCAGCCGUCGCUCGCGCUCCAGGUCGGUCGGUAGAGGUCACAGCAGAUACUCCAGGUCCAGGUCCAGGUCUAAGUCAAAGCCACACAGUUACUCACGGUCACACUCUAGAAGUCACAGGAAGUCGAGGAGCAGAUCCCCAUUUGCAUCAGACAGGCGGAGGAGAAAACGUUCUUCGAGGUCAUACUCUAGGUCUGCCUCACCUAAGCGUUUCAAGAGACGGAGGUCAUCUAGGUCACGCUCCAAGUCUCCCUCUGGAAGGUCUUCCUCGAGUCGUCGCUCAGGGAGCAGAUCCAAGUCUCGAGCCAAAGCACCAUACCCCCGGGAGGUGUGUGACCUGCUGGACAAGGCUAGAGAAAGGAUGGGACAAAGGGAUGCUUCCAAGGCCCAGAGCGCAGCCAGCAUAGACGUGAGCAGCAUCCCCACCCCUGGUUCCACUACCAUUCCCCGGCUGCAGGGCACACUCAGCGACAUCAUUGCCCUGGACAGCAUUCCUCUACCCAUUCCCGCUCCUGCUGCCCCAGACCCUAGCUCUAUCCCUCUACCUCAGCCCCUUGGGCAUUCCGAUGAGACACUCAAGAAGGAUGCCCAUUCCAAGGGCAUAAAUGGCAUUGGACUGGACCUUGAGACCAUCCCAGUUCCUGCACCUACCAAUGUGUCUCCGCAAAAGGACCAAGACAGUGCCAGGGCAGGAGAUGUGGCCAAGGGGAAACAAGAAGAAGGAGCUGAGAAGAACAAGGCCAAAACUAUCAUCAUCAAAAGCCUGAAGGACAGCCUCGUCUUCCUCCAAGCACAAGAGGAAGCAGAGAGGAAGGCAAAGGAAAAUGCUGAACUUGAAGAGGAAGAGAAAACAGUGGAGCACAGUGCAGAAGAUGUGGAUGAGGAGGAGGAAGAGGAGGAUGAGGGGGAUGAGGAGGAUGAGGAUAAAGAGGAGGAGGAGGAGGAGCAGGAGGAGGAGGAAGAGGAAGAGAAGAAAGAGAAUGAGGAACAGGAGAGUAAAGAUGGGGAAGAGUUGAGGGAAGGAGAGGAAGAAGGAGAAAAAGAGGAGGAGGAGGAGGAGGAGGAGGAGAUAAAAGAGAUAGAAAUAAAAGGAAGUGAGGGGAAGACCAACGAUCCAUCCAGCGGCUCAGAUACGAAGAGUGAACCAGCCUGUGCCACUGAUGUAGGAAAGGUCCCGAAGGAGACAAGAGAAAAGGUAGAGAAGAAUGGAAAAGGUGAUAAGGAUGGUGCUAAAGUCAAGACAGAGGAGAAGGAAGAAACCUUAAAUGGCAUGGAAGAAGGAGAGAUUGCCAGCGAGGAGGAGGAACCACAAGAGAAAUCCCAAAGCAAGCCCCACAAGAAGAAAUCGAAAAAAGACAAGGACAAACACAAAGACAAACGGAAGUCUAAGAAGGAAAAGGACAAGAACAAAGAAGACAAAAAGAAAAAGAGAAGGGAGCGAGAACGGAGCCGGUCCCGCACCCGCGAGCGAGCCAAGUCACGGAGUAGGUCACGGAGUCACGACAGAGGGAGGUCGCAGACCAGGUCGAGGACCCACGAGAGAGGUAGAUCGAGGAGCAGGUCACGGUCAAGGGAGAGGCACAAGUCAAGAAGGCAUUCAAGUCGUUCAAGAGAUAGAUCCUCCAGAGUGCGACACAAGAGUCGUUCUAGGUCCCGCUCACGUUCCAAAUCCCACAGUCAUAGAAAACGGGAUAGUGUCAACGAUUUGAGAGAUAAGGUGACCCGUAAGAGGCUGUUGGAAAUAGCCCGCCGCAAUGCUGUGUACCUCAUGCAGAAUGGCUGCCUUCCCCCAAGUGUGGAGCAGGAGCAGCUGGUCAAGAUCAAGGCAGGCGGGAAGAGUGUUGAGGAGCUCACCAAUUUCUGCAAGCAGCUGGUGGCAACGGGAAACUAUAGUGAUGUUGACCUGAGUGAACCUUCCCUAAGCUCGGGGGAUGACAAUGAGAACUCAGACAAGCCCUUUAGCACCACCAGACACCCCUUCAGUGUGAGGGACUCCAAACCUAUCCUCAUGAAUAUUAGGAAUGCCCCCAUGCUGCCCACCAAGACCAACGCUGAGCGAUUGGCUGACCAAGCCAAGUUGCGCGAACAGUUCCCGGUGUCGAGUGGCUCCCAACAUCGCACCAAGGGGGAGCUGACAGCCACCGAGGGGAAGCUUCUCACAGAGAGCAGCUGGGUGCCAGUGUCUCCCAAGGAAAAGAAAGAAGGAGAGGACAAAGUAUUCCCUGAGCCAGAACCCGUGGUAAGCGAUAGGAAGGGACAGAAGGAUUUUGUUUUCCCCCAGACUGACCCAAAAACCACCCUAUUCUUGAGGGAAUGCUGCAGUUACAUGUGUAGAUACCCAGCAGCAAGUACUGUAACUGACCCUUUCCCCUUCAUUUUCCUUCCUUCCUUUCCUCUCCUCCCUUCACUCCUCCAGAUGCAGAACUGGGCCCUGAGCAAACAGGAACCAGGCCAGUUCACAGGCUCAACCGGGGUCAAGGUUCUUUCGCAGGAGGAACUCUCAGCAGGCCACCAAGCCUGGGCUCGGAAGGAGCAGUUUAAGGAGGCUGCCCCUGUCAGGCCACAGUUCGGGCUGAAGAUGCUGCAGAAGAUGGGCUGGUCUCCAGGGGAGGGCCUUGGCAAGAACAAGGAGGGCACUCUUGAGCCUCUUCUGCUAGACGUCAAGAUGGACAAGAAAGGUUUCCACGCCCAGGAAGAGCUGACCCCGAAGAAACAGCCGAUCCCCUUGGCUAAGGAUCUCUCCGAAGGCCAUUCCGUCUGUCUCGCCUCAGGCAAGCAUCCAGUGUCUGCCCUGGUUGAGCUCUGCUCCAAGAGGAAGUGGUCCCCGCCUGAGUUUGAGAUGGUCUUCGACUGCGGCCCCGAGCACAAGAAGAACUUUCUCAUGAAGGUGAUGGUAAACGGCCAAGAGUACAAGCCUUCAGUGGCUGCCUCGACCAAGAAGCUAGCCAAGGCAAACGCUGCUGCUGCCUGCCUCCAGUCACUUGGCCUCUUCCCCAAGGACCCAGCCAACCCCUUAUGAUACUAGAUAUCCCAGACCAAACAGACCCUUGAGGGAGUAGGGGAGGGAACAUAGCUAAAGGGCCCCUUAAAAAGCCCAUGUGGUAUAGGAAGGCCUAGAAAGGCAUGUUUUUUAUUUGCUCUCAGUAUUUUUUCUGUCUCUUUUUUUUUUUUUUUUUUUUUCUUUUUUUUAAUCCAUGGUCAAAAGAUAACCCAGAAAGACCUGCUCAGUCCCUCAUGCUACCAGAAGCUUUGAAAAUAAAUGAAUUGCAUCCUAGAAGUGAAACUGACUAGACAAAUUAAAGGGGACGAAAAGAAUGUUACAUGAUAUAAAUGGGGAAGAAUGUGAGAGAGAGAGAGAGA